CUUUGAUUUAAUAAAGUUGCUAUGAAAUAACACCCUAUGUUAUAGCACUGUUUAUGUUAAACAAAUUGCUUUCUAAAUAGUCAAAGCAGCCUUCAUUGUUUCCAGAACUGUCUCUUUCUUCAAUUCUCCUGCCUUUACCUUAUUUUGGCCAUGGUAGUGCACUGACUGAUCUACAGUUUCUUCUUCCCUCCAAGCUGUCAACAACUCCAUAGCUUCUGGUUUUGUUUUUCUAAUAUGCUUUUCAUAAUACCAUUGCUUGUAAGGAAACCCACCAGAUAAAGGCCAGCUUCUUGGCAUGGCCUUGAUUCAAAGUCCUUGGUCCCAGUUGCAUUUCCAGCCUAAUCUCCACUCCCAUUGGACUGCCACGCUUCCUGUGUCACACUCAGCUCUUCCUUGCCUUUGAGUGCUAUUUCUGGACCCUAGAAUGGCUGCCAUUCUCUUCUGCCUGGCUAGCCCUUACUCAUUUUUUAACCAUCACUGAUCACCACCUGCACGUGCACGUAUGAACCAAAAAACCUAGUUACAGCCUAUCUGUGUUCCCAGAGCACUUUUUAGAUAUUUCGGUCAUUGCAUUUAGCACAGUGUAUACUCUCUCUCCUUUGGCACAGAGACUAAGGAAGAAAAUCACCAGCGCUGUGCCCUCUCGGGUCUUAUUUACUCAUGAGGUAUUAUUGCUCUGUGCUUUUCCUGUCCUGUUUAGGAAAACAUAACUGAAUCCAAGUGAGUGAAAGUGUGGUUAUUACCCAGGUUAUCUUGAAUUUAUUUAGUCUGUUUUUUUAAAAGGGAAUAAUUUGCAACCUCUUAGACCUUAUUAAAUUCUGUACUUACACGGAAUACUUACACUAAAUACUCUUUAGAACUAAUCAUGACAUACCUUAUAUCUGAUGGUGGCAAACCAGCAUGUUAUAGAUGGAGACACACUGAUUUUAGGAUAUAUUGCGAUUUAAGCAUUACAGCUCUUUGUUCCACCAGACUAUUUAUUUCUUGAGAGCCAGGACUAUUUUAUCCAUCUUUUUCCUUUUGUUGUUCUAGAGUAGUGAUUUAAAAAUUUGCCUACUUUAGCUACUAAAUUGAAUUUCGAGAGCAUUGCCAGGGAGGAAUCAAACACCCUCUACUGGCAUUAAUACUUUCUCUUUUGGCCCAUGCCCUGGUAAUGCUAAAACAUCAAAUGUCAUGCUGAUGUUUUUAUAACAAGACCGAGAUUACCUUACCUUGUUUUACUUGUGUCACUUUCACUGUUCUAAUGAUUUUUUUUUCCUGUCUUAAGAAUGAAUUCAUCACGUUGGGAAUAAGAAAUUUAGUGAACAUGCAAUAAUGUAAUUUUCCUUCCCUGUAAUCUUAGUAAGCUGUAUGCAGUAUGCAUGAAGUUUAUGACUUAACCAACUAAAACCAUGUAUUUUUUAAAAAAUGAAAAUUCUAGAGAUAAAUAUUGAUGGAAAUAUUUUUUAGUCUUAACUUAUCACUGUGCUACAAAUCUGAAAGAUACAAAUAGAGCUUUAAGUUUUACAUUCGCUACACUGAAAUAUAGUCCAGAAAGAAUUCGACCUGAAUUCUUUAAUAAGCACAAUGGAAGGGUUGUUUACUUUUGGGAACUAAUAGCUGCCCCAUUCUUUGUGAUUGUCUGCUUACAUAAUUUGUUAUGAAAGAAUGCUUCUAGGUAAACCCUCUCUCCAGAAUGCUGGUGGUUUGUUCUCUUCUGCUUGGGAAGGGUUAAGAGGAGACAACAUCCUGUCAAAGACCUUGUUUUUAAUUUUGCUUCUCACACUGGCACAGAUCCUGCUAAGAGCAGCCCAGAUUAGUUCGGAAAACCUUUGAAGAGAUUUAAGAUGUCCUUCAGCCAGUUUGAAGGUUUUUGUCUUGCAAAUCCAGUACAAGGGCGCCUGCAGGCAUCUCGACCCUUGCUGUGCUGCUGAUGCAGCUCAAGGUCACACUAACCCGCCCUGUGACAUUCAACAACAACAAAAAAAAUUAUGCGGUGAAACUGCCUCAGCGUUCAACCAACCAACAACUUCCUUUAGUGAGGAACUGAGGAAGAAGUCUUUUUUACCCCCCUUUUUCUCUUUUGGGGGGGCUCUGUGAAUUUUUGCUGUAGGAAAUAAUCCCGGAUUUCUGGUGUGUGUGAUGACAAGGUCAUUUCUUAAUUAGAACACAUGUAAAGAACAAAGCUAAAUGGCUUCAAAACAGCUUUGUAGUUGAUGGAGAGGAUUUAAAUUAUUUAAAGAGAUAGUCACCCAUGUAUGAUGGAAGCUGAAUUCUAAAGGCAUUAACUCCUUCAUUCCUAUCUACUUGUCAUUGCUUUGAAUUCCGUAUGUCUGACUUUAGAGGGUUGCAUUCUAAACUUCAGAGAAUUUAUAAAUGCCCAGUUUUAAAAUGAUGAAAUAUAAUUUAUAAAUCAAAUUCUCAGAUAAACUUUUAAUGGAGAUGUUUUCUCCCCAUGACAUCUAUCUCCUAGAAGCAUUAUCAAAUGGCUUGAUUUAGGAACUAGGAAUUACACACUCUUCCCUCUGGCAACUGUGAUUUAUUUAUAAUGUGUUGGAGGUGGGUGAGUAAAGUGCUUCUUUAUUGCCUCACCUUCUCUCUUCCUCACUUUUAUCCAUUUGUGAUUUGGAAGUCUAGUUGAGCAAUUUUCUCCUGCCUCUUUAGAAAUAACAGCACAUAUCAUUCAGGUUUUUCAGCUUUCAAAGAGUUGGUGUAGGAAGACCAUCUUUUUUCUAUGGAAAAAAAAAAAGUAAUCUUAGUGAAAAAUGAACUUUAAGAAAGUUGUUUCUGAACACGCAUGACAUUUUAAGGCACAAUGAGACCAUGUCCAUGAACACUCAGUAGCCAUAUUGGAUCUGCUCCCGUUCUUGCGGCUUGUUUCCCCAUGUUCCUCCUUCGCUGCCUGCGAAUGUUAACUACCAAAUACAUUAGUUGGACAAAGUCCAAGUGCGUUGGCUUUCUGUGCUUGAGACUGAAUGUGUAUCACCUCUGCAGGAUUGGAGCAGAACAAUCUAAGAGUAAUUUUGUGGUUGAUAUUUUCUUUAUGUAUGUUGUGUAUAGAAGCACACGUGGCAGUUAUUUUUUUGUCCACCAAAUGACAUUGUGUAGAGAAAGUUACCUUCAACAUUAUGAUAUUAGCAAAACAAUUUUCUCAGAAUUUAUACCCAGUUGCUUUUUGACUGAAGUAGAAUCAGGACAAGUACAAUAUUUUAAGUGUGAUGAUUUAAAUUGAUAUUUUGGAUUUGUGGGCCGCACUGAAGAAAUUUGUUUGAGGGGAUAACAUGAUGGACUGUGUAAGAACAAGUUAGAAUGAACUAGACUUCUUAUUCUGAAGGAUUUUUCUCCUAUUGAGAAACAAUUUUUGCGGUCCGUGAAAAUCCAUAGUUUUAUAUAAGGGUAUUUUAAAGAUUUCAGAUUUGCAAAAAGAAAGUAUUGGAGGGGAAAUCUAUAUGCAAGGAAAUGGUUAGUGUGAUUCAUAGCAUCCUGCCCUUGCCUGGAGUCUGGUGUGCCCUAAAUGUCAUGUAUGACCCAAGCUCACCUGCUAGUAAUUUCUAAUUUACUGUCCUAAUUCAUCGAUUUGUUAUCACUAAUUGUUCUUCAUUUACUUCUGUGUAGUUUCCAGUACCUAAAGGGUUGAAAGGUUGCUGUAAUUGGCACCCGCAGCUGCUCUUUCUUUUGACAGGGGAUAAUUUUGCAGCCUCUGCUUUGUGUGACAGCUGCCUAAUUGGGCAUUCUCCCCUUGUAGCAAGCCUGCCUCCUCCAGCCUCCCUGCUGACAAAUGGUGGUGGAUUAUAGAUGAGGACACGCUGACCCGUUCGACCUUGCUGAGACAGCGGGGAGGGGCCUCCUGCUACUUGAGGGAAGCGUUAGGUCAUUUAGAGGACAAGGUCAUGAGCCAGGUGGAGAAAUGACAUGAUAUCACAUGACAGUAGCCUGAUGACAUGGUCAGUGUGUCAAGGACAAAUGCAUCAGUAUCGAUUAAACGUUAUUGCAAUACUUUUCAUUGAGUCCCUAGUAUUUCUUAAUUGUUCCUACUGAUUUUUUUUUAAGAAAUAGAAAAAGUGCAAAAGGAGACACAUGUAUUUUAGCAGUGUUAGAACAAUUGUUUACAUGAAAACAAUUGGUGUAGGAUGCCUCCUAGUAAGUUUCUUCAGUAUUUUGAGUAUUAUGAGUAUUUUGUUCUUAAUUUUUGCUUAGUUUGCAGCCCCUUAACUAUCAAUACUUUUCAAGAGUUGUUUGAAAAUUAAGGCAGGCAAAUUAAAAUGUGGCAAUGUAUGUUGUUAAAAAACAUUUAACAGCGUCUGUCAUUCCCCUACUCAAUGAUUGGCAUAGCUUUUCAUAUUUUGAAUAAAAGAAAAAUAAGCCAAGUGAAAAUGUGUAAUUGAAAAGAACCCCAGAACUCUAGAUUUAUAAGAUCAGCCAUACCACUGUGAGGCCAUAAUUAUGAAGUGUUAAAGGUACUUUUUAAAUAAUUUUUGAGACCUGAAAAUAUUUUUCAAAUAGCUUGGGAUUAUUCAUAAUGUAAAUACUUCAAGAUACAUGAAAAUCUGUUGUAUGUGUUGUUACUGGUAAUGCACAUGCUUUUCUUGAGAAAGUCGACUUGAGCUAUUACAAUACAUUUUUAAGUGUAAAAUCUUCAGAAUCCAUGCCGAGUCUAUUAACCCUGUGUUAAUACCUGAAAUGAUAAAUUCAUGUAAAACGGCACUGGAUAGUACAAUUAAGAAAAAUGCCUAGUUUUAAAAAUGGUUAACAGUUGAAUACAAAGAUCAUGGUUCUCAUUUCUGGAAAAACAAUCAUUGGGCACUUGAAUCUAAGUCCUCAGUUCAACAGGAGGUAAUUUUAUGCCCCUGAGAUUUAAAAAAAAAAAAACGAGGCAUGGUAAAGUGUGAUGAAUUUGUUCACCGAAGUAGACACAUCUAUAUUUUCAUGGCACGUGUGUGUGUACGGGCGCGUGUGUGUGUUUCAUUUUGACCAUGCUGUGCAUGUGUUUAGCUGCUCUCAAACCCUGACUCAAGCUUGGUGGAGGUUUAAUCCUGUGCCCUUGUACACGUAUACUUGAUUAGUAGUUGUGGUUAUCUCAGCAGAAGACAUACCGCCCUCCUCCUUGUAUUGGUCGGGACCUGGGCAUUGGGGAGUCAAGGCAAAGGAGAAAGAAAAGAGAUUUUACAUUAGUAUUCUAUGAAAGCCUUACUGUCUGCAGAACAAAUUGAUUGCUCCGGUGUACCUGUGCUUGGCACUACUGCUGUGAAAGAAAGAACACUGAUAUUUGCAUUUAAUGGGGAACAAACGAUGAAGAAGGAAAAGGAAUAUAUUCACUAAGGAUUCUAUCUGCGUACUGCUACAGACCUGUGUUUUAAGGAAUUCUCCUUCUUCUUGCAUAGAAGUUGAUCAGCUCUGUGGUCAGACUCAUUUAUCUUGUCAUUGCCAGAAGAAAUCCUGGACAGAAUGUAACAGUACGUCUCUCUCUGAUUGCUAUGGAAGGUGAUAAACUGAUACUCACUUAUUAAAGUUACGUCUCACUCACCACAGAAAACCAUUCUUUAAAGUGAAUAGAAACCAAGCCCUUGUGAACACUUCUAUUGAACAUGACUCAUGGAGAAGAGCUUGGCUCUGAUGUGCACCAGGAUUCUAUUGUUUUAACUUACCUAGAAGGAUUACUAAUGCAUCAGGCAGCAGGGGGAUCAGGUACUGCCGUCGACAAAAAGUCUGCUGGGAAUAAUGAAGAGGAUCAGAACUUUAACAUUUCUGGCAGUGCAUUUCCCACCUGUCAAAGUAAUGGUCCAGUUCUCAAUACACAUACAUAUCAGGGAUCUGGCAUGCUGCACCUCAAAAAAGCCAGACUGUUGCAGUCUUCUGAGGACUGGAAUGCAGCAAAGCGGAAGAGGCUGUCUGAUUCUAUCGUAAAUUUAAACGUAAAGAAGGAAGCUUUGCUAGCUGGCAUGGUUGACAGUGUGCCUAAAGGCAAACAGGAUAGCACAUUACUGGCCUCUUUGCUUCAGUCAUUCAGCUCUAGGCUGCAGACUGUUGCUCUGUCACAACAAAUUAGGCAGAGCCUCAAGGAACAAGGAUAUGCCCUCAGUCAUGAUUCUUUAAAAGUGGAGAAGGAUUUAAGGUGCUAUGGUGUUGCAUCAAGUCACUUAAAAACUUUGUUGAAGAAAAGUAAAGUUAAAGAUCAAAAGCCUGAUACAAAUCUUCCUGAUGUGACUAAAAACCUCAUCAGAGAUAGGUUUGUAGAAUCUCCUCAUCACGUUGGACAAAGUGGAACAAAGGUCAUGAGUGAACCGUUGUCAUGUGCUGCAAGAUUACAGGCUGUUGCAAGCAUGGUAGAAAAAAGGGCUAGUCCUGCCACCUCACCUAAACCUAGUGUUGCUUGUAGCCAGUUAGCAUUACUUCUGUCAAGCGAAGCCCAUUUGCAGCAGUAUUCUCGAGAACAUGCUUUAAAAACACAAAAUGCAAAUCAAGCAGCAAGUGAAAGACUUGCUGCUAUGGCCAGAUUGCAAGAAAAUGGCCAGAAGGAUGUUGGCAGUUUCCAGCUCUCCAAAGCCAUGUCAAGCCAUCUUAAUGGUCAGGCUAGAACAUCAUCAAGCAAACUGAUGGCUAGCAAAAGUAGUGCUACAACAUUUCAAAAUCCAAUGGGUAUCAUUCCUUCUUCCCCUAAAAAUGCAGGUUAUAAGAACUCACUGGAAAGAAACAAUAUCAAACAAGCUGCUAACAAUAGUUUGCUUUUACAUCUUCUUAAAAGCCAGACUAUACCUAAGCCAAUGAAUGGACACAGUCACAGUGAGAGAGGAAGCAUUUUUGAGGAAAGUAGUACACCUACAACUAUUGAUGAAUAUUCAGAUAACAAUCCUAGUUUUACAGAUGACAGCAGUGGUGAUGAAAGUUCUUACUCCAGCUGUGUUCCCAUAGACUUGUCUUGCAAACACCGAACUGAAAAAUCCGAAUCUGACCAGCCUGUUUCCCUGGAUAACUUUACUCAAUCCUUGCUAAACACUUGGGAUCCAAAAGUCCCAGACGUAGAUAUCAAAGAAGAUCAAGAUACCUCAAAGAAUUCUAAGCUAAACUCACACCAGAAAGUAACACUUCUUCAAUUGCUACUUGGCCAUAAGAAUGAAGAAAAUGUAGAAAAAAACACCAGCCCUCAGGGAGUACACAAUGAUGUGACCAAGUUCAGUACACAAAAUUAUGCAAGGACUUCUGUGAUAGAAAGCCCCAGUACAAAUCGGACUACGCCAGUGAGCACUCCACCAUUACUUACGUCAGCCAAAGCAGAGUCUCCCAUCAAUCUCUCUCAACACUCUCUGGUCAUCAAAUGGAAUUCCCCACCGUAUGCCUGCAGUACUCAGUCUGAAAAGACUGCAUCUAACCACUCAAUGGACCUUACAAAAAGCAAAGACACGCCAGGAGAGAAACCAGCCCAAAACGAAGGUGCACAAAACUCUGCAACUUUCAGUGCCAGUAAGCUGUUACAAAAUUUAGCACAAUGUGGCCUGCAGUCUUCCAUGUCAGUGGAAGAGCAGAGACCCAGCAAACAGCUGUUAACUGUAAACACAGAUAAACCGAUAGGUGUGAUUGAUAGAUUAAAUAGCCCUUUGCUCUCAAAUAAAACGAAUGCAGCUGAAGAAAGUCAAGCAUUUAGUAGUCAACCAACAGGUCCUGAACCGGGGCUUUCCGGUUCUGAAAUAGAAAAUCUGCUUGAAAGACGUACCGUCCUCCAGUUGCUCCUGGGAAACCCCAACAAAGGCAAAAAUGAAAAGAAAGAGAAAACUCCCUUAAGAGAUGAAAGUACUCAGGAACACUCAGAGAGAGCUUUAAAUGAACAAAUAUUGAUGGUGAAAAUAAAAUCUGAGCCUUGUGAUGACUUACAAAUUCCUAAUACAAAUGUGCACUUGAGCCAUGAUGCCAAGAGUGCUCCAUUCUUGGGUAUGGCCCCUGCUGUGCAGAGAAGCGCACCUGCCUUACCAGUGUCCGAAGACUUUAAAUCGGAGCCUGUUUCACCUCAGGAUUUUUCUUUCUCAAAGAAUGGUCUCUUAAGUCGAUUGCUAAGACAAAAUCCAGAUAGUUACCUGGCAGAUGAUUCAGACAAGAGUCACAGAAGUAAUGAAAUGGCACUUCUAGAAUCAAAGAAUCUGUGCAUGGUCCCUAAGAAAAGGAAGCUUUAUACUGAGCCAUUAGAAAAUCCAUUUAAAAAGAUGAAAAACAACGUUGUCGAUGCUGCAAACAAUCACAGUGCCCCAGAAGUACUGUAUGGGUCCUUGCUUAACCAGGAAGAGCUGAAAUUUAGCAGAAAUGAUCUUGAGUUUAAAUAUCCUGCUGGUCAUGGCUCAGCCAGCGAAAGUGAACACAGGAGUUGGGCCAGAGAGAGCAAAAGCUUCAAUGUUCUGAAACAGCUGCUUCUCUCAGAAAACUGUGUGCGAGAUUUGUCCCCGCACAGAAGUAACUCUGUUGCUGACAGUAAAAAGAAAGGACACAAAAAUAAUGUGACCAACAGCAAACCUGAAUUUAGCAUUUCUUCUUUAAAUGGACUGAUGUACAGCCCCACUCAGCCCAGCAGUUGCAUGGAUAACAGGACAUUUUCAUACCCAGGAGUAGUAAAAACUCCUGUGAGUCCUACUUUCCCUGAGCACUUGGGCUGUGCAGGGUCUAGACCAGAAUCUGGGCUUUUGAAUGGGUGUUCCAUGCCCAGUGAGAAAGGACCCAUUAAGUGGGUUAUCACUGAUGUGGAGAAGAAUGAGUACGAAAAAGACUCUCCGAGACUGACCAAAACCAACCCCAUACUAUAUUAUAUGCUGCAGAAAGGAGGCAAUUCUGUUACCAGUCGAGAAACACAAGACAAGGACAUUUGGAGGGAGCCUUCAUCUGCUGAAAGUGUCUCACAGGUCACAAUCAAAGAAGAGUUACUUCCUACUGCAGAAACGAGAGCUGCUUUCUUUAACUUAAGAAGCCCUUACAAUAGCCAUAUGGGAAAUAAUGCUUCUCGCCCACACAGUGCAAACGGAGAAGUUUAUGGACUUCUGGGAAACGUGCUAACAAUAAAAAAAGAAUCAGAAUAAAAUGUACCUGCCAUCCAGUUUGGGAUCUUUUUAAAACAUAAUGAGUAUGAACUUGAGAUCUGUAUAAAUAAGAGCAUGAUUUGAGAAAAGCAUGGUAUAAUUGAAACUUUUUUCAUUUUGAAAAGUAUUGGUUACUGGUGAUGUUUAAAUAUGCAUACUAAUUUUUGCUUAACAUUAGAUGUCAUGAGGAAACUACUGAACUAGCAAUUGGUUGUUUAACACUUCUGUAUGCAUCAGAUAACAACCGUGAGUAGCCUAUGAAUGAAAUUCUUUUAUAAACAUAAAUAAUAGGCAUAAAUUAAAAUGUAAAACUCCAUUCAUAGUGGAUUAAUGCAUUUUGCUGCCUUUAUUAGGGUACUUUUAUUUUGCUCUUCAGAAGUCAGCCUACAUAACACAUUUUUUAAAGUCCAAACUGUUAAAACAACUCUUUAAAGGAUAAUUAUCCAAUUAAGAAAAAACCUAGUGCUGAUUCACAGCUUAUUAUCCAAUUCAAAAAUAAAUUAGAAAAAUAUAUGCUUACAUUUUUUCACUUUUGCUAAAAAAGAAAAAAAAAGUGUUUAUUUUUAACUCUUGGAAGAGGUUUUGUGGUUCCCAGUGUGUCUGUCCCACGCUGAUCCUUUUCAAUAUAGAUUUCUUUAAACCUUGUACUACUUAGUAAAAAUUGAUUACAAUUGAGGGAAGUUUGAUAGAUCCUUUAAAAAAAAGGCAGAUUUCCAUUUUUUGUAUUUUAACUACUUUACUAAAUUAAUACUCCUCCUUUUACAGAAUUAGAAAAGUUAACAUUUAUCUUUAGGUGGUUUCCUGAAAAGUUGAAUAUUUAAGAAAUUGUUUUUAACAGAAGCAAAAUGGCUUUUCUUUGGACCGUUUUCACCAUCUCUUAUAAAAGCUAAUUCUCACCAUUCCUGUGGUACCUGCGAGUCUUAUGACCAGGAUUCCUUAAAGCUGAACUCUGACCUCUUGCGUUAGAACCAUCUCCAUCUGGAGCACUUGUUUUAAAAUGCAGAUUCAUAGGCAGCAUCUCAGAUCUACAGAACAAGAAUCUCUGCUAAGUGGACCUGGAAUCUUCCAUCUGCAUCUUAACACGUUCCCUAGGUGUUUCUUGUGUUUGAGAACCAUGGCUUACGACUUUCCUCAGAACAUGAGACUGUAAAACAAAACAAAACAAAACAAAAAAACUAUUUGAUGCCUCUAUUUUCCCCAAUACAGUCACACAUCAGCUCAAAAUUUGCAAUAUUGUAGUUCAUAUAUUACCGUUAUGUCUUUGGAAAUCGGGUUCAGAACACUUUUUAUGACAAAAAAAAAUUGGGUGGAGGGGAUAACUUUCAUAUCUGGCUCAACAUCUCAGGAAAAUCUGUGAUUAUUUAUGUGUUCUAAUGAGUAACAUCUACUUAGUUAGCCUUAGGGAUGGAAAAACAGGGCCACUUACCAAACUCAGGUGAUUCCAGGAUGGUUUGGAAACUUCUCCCGAAUACAUCCUUAACCUUUAUUAAAACCAUUGUCCUAAGAACAAUGCCAACAAAGGCUACAACAUUUAGUUUAAACCCAAGAAAGGCACUAAAUUCAGAUUGGCUAAAUAAAAAGUACAACGGGCACAUAUACAUGACAGAAUUGUACACAAUCACUCCAUUGGAUCUUUUAUUUUAAAAUAGUGAUGAAAAGUAAAUGUUGAUACAGUCUUAGAAGAACUUCAUAUAUUCUUGAAGCCACAUGGGGUUUCAAUUGUGAAACAGGUCUGUUUUUAUGUUCAGUUUGUACAAUCCACAAUGCAUUCACCAGACAUUUUGUUUUUAAUUGUGAACCUGGUUAGCAAAUGACCUAUCAAAAAUUAUUCUAUGAUCACUACUAGUUAGAAGGAUAUUGAUUUAAAGUUGUUCUUCUUGAAGUGGUUUCUAAGAUUUUUAUCUUAAAAAUAGGUGUGAUUUCCUAAUAUGAUCUAAAACCCUAAAUGGUUAUUUUUCCUCAGAAUGAUUUGUAAAUAGCUACUGGAAAUAUUAUACAGUAAUAGGAGUGGGUAUUAUGCAACAUAUGGAGAAGUGAAGGCAUAGGCUUAUUCUGACAUAAAAUUCCACUGGCCAGUUGAAUAUAUUCUACUCCAUGUCCAUACUAUGACAAUCUUAUUGUCAACACUAUAUAAAUAAGCUUUUAAACAAGUCGUUUUUCUUGAUUGUUGUGAAAGAUUUGGAGCCUUAGAGGUAUGUCAGAAAAAAUAUGUUGGUAUUCUCCCUUGGGUAGGGGGAAAUGGCCUUUUUACAAGAGAGUGAAAUUUAGGUCAGGGAAAAGACUGUCAAGGGCCAGCAUUGCUUUUUUUUUUUUUUUUUUUUCUUAUGGGUUUUGUUUUGCUUUUUGGUUGGUUGGUUGUUUUCGUUGUUGUUAACAAAGGAAUGAGAAUAUGUAAUACUUAAACAUGACCACAAAGAAUGCUGUUCUGAUUUACUAGAGAAUGUCCCCAAUUUGAAUUUAGGGUGAUUUUAAAGAACAGUGAGAAAGGGUAUACAUCCACAGAUUCACUUUGUUUAUGCAUAUGUAGAUACAAGGAUGCACAUACACACAUUUUCAAGGACUCUUUUAGAUAUCUAGACAAUUUCUUCUAAUAAAGUCAUUUGUGAAAGGGUACUACAGCUCUCAUUGACAUCAGUAAGGUAGCAUUCAUUACCUGUUUAUUCUCUGCUGCAUCUUACAGAAGAGUAAACUGGUGAGAGUAUAUAUUUUAUAUAUAUAUAUAUAAAAUAUGUAUAUAUAUAUAUUGACUUGUUACAUGAAGAUGUUAAAAUCGGUUUUUAAAGGUGAUGUAAAUAGUGAUUUCCUUAAUGAAAAAUACAUAUUUUGUAUUGUUCUAAUGCAACAGAAAAGCCUUUUAAUCUCUUUGGUUCCUGUAUAUUCCAUGUAUAAGUGUAAAUAUAAUCAGACAGGUUUAAAAGUUGUGCAUGUAUGUAUACAGUUGCAAGUCUGGACAAAUGUAUAGAAUAAACCUUUUAUUUAAGUUGUGAUUACCUGCUGCAUGAAAAGUGCAUGGGGGACCCUGUGCAUCUGUGCAUUUGGCAAAAUGUCUUAACAAAUCAGAUCAGAUGUUCAUCCCAACAUGACAGUAUUCCAUUUCUGGACAUGACGUCUGUGGUUUAAGCUUUGUGAAAGAAUGUGCUUUGAAUCCAAGGGUCUUAAACAGUUUUUUUAAUCGUCAACCACUUUUAAACAUAAAGAAUUCACACAACUACUUUCAUGAAUUUUUUAAUCCCAUUGCAAACAUUAUUCCAAGAGUAUCCCGGUAUUAGCAGUACCGGAAUACAGGCACAUUAAUCCAUUCAUAGUAAGAAUUCUGGUGUUUACACAACCAAGUUUGAUGCGAUCUGCUCAGUAAUAUAAUUUGUCAUUUUUAUUAGAAAUUUAAUUUCUUCAUAUGAUGUCAUGAAACUGUACAUACUGCAGUGUGAAUUUUUUUGUUUUGUUUUUUAAUCUUUUAGUGUUUACUUCCUGCAGUGAAUUUGAAUAAAUGAGAAAAAAAUGCAUUGUC